CCUCUAAAGAUUGCUCAAGUCUUAUUUUUCUCAAGUCUCGGUGCUCAUUGCUUGGGAAUUUUAGAUUUGCUCGCAUUCGUACCUUCGUUUCACCCUCUAUUUAUGGUCUCGUAUUCGUAUUUAAUAACAUUUUCCAUUUUUGCUCGUACGAGUGAGAAUUUUGGGAUGUACGAGCGGCUAAGCACUAGAUCUUAUCGAUGAAAGUAUUUUGUUCUUUAAAUUUUUUUCUCAAUUUCUAGCAGUUCUUUUGAGUUAUCAUGGGAAGCGAUACUCAAACAACAUUAUUCUUGUUAUUUAAUUACAUUUUUUAACAAAUUUUUUUAUUAUUUUAGAUUUAAGCCUCAAAUAAGAUGAAAAUAAUACCAAUCGAUGGGGAUGAUAUUCCAAGUUUGGAAGUUGAUAAGGAUAUUGAAGAAGGUCAAAGAUAUGUUGCCGAAUUAAUUGAGCGUCAAAAUAUUGAUUUUAUGCACAAUUUUGCUAUGGAACAUAUGCCUGAGGCUUUCAUUCCUGUUCAUAUGCUUUUUAUUCGGAUGAAGAUAAAUAAUUGUCCGGUCAUUGCUUUUAUUGAUUCUGGUGCACAAACUUCAAUUUUGUCUGAAUCUAGUGCUAAAAGAUGCAAUGUCCUUCGAAUGACUGACAAACGAAUUCGAGUUCGGCAUAUUGACCGCCAGUCUUUUUUGGCCUUAGUUAAGGCUGUAAGGGAUAUUGCGCCUAAUGUUCGCUUUAAUAUUGAGAUCAAACGCGCUCGUCUUUUGACUAAUGGAAAUUGUGGAGGUGUAUAUAUUAAUCGCAGGAAUAUUUUUUGUAUUAUAUUCUCGAAAAUCAUCAAUGUGGACUUCAACCGACACAUUUUCUUUACCUCUUAUGAUGUAUACCUUCUCGAAAGAAUUUAUGAAAAUAGAUUACUAGUUAGGCUAAAGAGAAUACUAGUCCAACUAAAACGAGAAAAUAGACGACUAGAAAGGGAAAACAGAGAAAUCGAAGAUUUACAAAAACUUAUAAGAGAGUUACAGGCAGAGACUGAUGAAUUGUUAAAGGUUAAUGCAGCCUUAUAUGGAUCAUUAACAAAUAGGCCUUGUCAAACUGGGCGUAAAUGUAGCUUCGAGUACUACUUUGGUUAUUUUGGCUAA